UUUUUUUUGCAUCAAUAAUCAUAUGAAAAAUGGCCAUCUAUCAUUAUUCUAUCUGAUCAUCGAAUUGAUUCAGAUAUUUGAACAAAGUUUAUUAAAGAGAAAAUGUUCAAUGAUACGAUGCAAUUCAAGACGGAUAAUCCGGUAAAUGCAAUGGCUGUUAGCCGUGAUGGGCUACUUGCUGUUGCCGGAAGAAGUUUACUCAAAGUUUAUAAUCUUUGUGGUGAUGAAAAUGGAUCAUUAUUUGGUCAAGAGCUAUUCAAUCUUCGUAGUUCGAAUUUGAAAAAUUUAAACUUUUCAAAUAGCGAUGUUACAUGGUGUCCAUUGGAUAAUGAUAUACUUGCUACAGCUGCAACGAAUGGUGCUGUUGUUGUUUGGAAUCUACAAUGUUUAACUAAAUCAAAAAUAGGCGUUGUUUACAAUGAUCAUAAACGUACAGUGAAUAAAGUUUGUUUUCAUAGUAAUGAUCCAAAUCUAUUGCUCAGUGGUUCACAAGAUGGUUGUAUGAAAUUGUUUGAUCUUCGUAAAAAAGAAGCUGUCACUACAUUUGUUUCGAAUUCUGAAAGUGUUCGUGAUGUACAAUUUUCACCACAUUGGACAUAUCAUUUUGCAUCGGUACAGGAAACCGGUAAUGUUGAAAUAUGGGAUAUUCGUAAACAAGAUCGACCGGAAUGUAAUUUUAUUGCUCAUGAUGGUCCAGUACUUUCAUGUGAAUGGCAUCCAAAUCAAGAAAAUUAUAAAUGGCUAGCUACUGGUGGUCGUGAUAAAAUAAUUAAAGUUUGGGAUCUAAGUAAUCGUAAUCGACCACAAUUGAUUUAUAAUGUUCAUACAAUAACGCCUGUUUCGAAAUUAAAAUGGCGUCCAGAAAAAGAUUUUCAUAUUGGUAGCUGUUCAUUGGUUGUUGAUUUUAGUGUUUAUGUUUGGGAUAUAAAACGACCAUAUGUACCGUUUGCUAUUUUUGGUACGAAAAAAGAUGUUACCACCGGAUUGGCAUGGAAAAAUGAUCCAUUUGUAUUUAUAUCAUCCUGUAAAGAUGGUACUAUUUAUCAACAUCGUUUCGAAACUGAUGCAUAUUAUCCGGCCGAACAUUAUCCACCGAUCGGUAUUGAUUUUAAUCCUUUUGGUGAUAUUGCUUUUUCUACUACUGAUUUUAUUUAUCGUCAUUCACAAACAUUGUCGACAAAUUCGAAUCUUGGAUCGAAUCGUAUGAUAAAAACAUUUGUUACAAAUAAUUCCUUUAAUAAUAAUAAUAUUGUACAAUCAAAUUCAACGGCAAAUCUAAAUCAUUCAUCAUUAUCCAGUUCAUUGACACAGGAUAAUACUGAACUAUCGCACAAUAAUUCAACAAUCAUUAAUGAUGUUCGACCAACAACCCGGCAUAUUUCGAUUGGUUCACCAUCAAAUCAUGCUCAACAAUAUAUAUUGGCUAGUGGUGGUGGUGGUGGUCAACCAAAAUAUUUUCCAUCAUAUCAACAACAAACGCAACAAAUAUCAUCAUUAUCAUCAACAACAUCAUCAUAUUCGACACCUGCCUAUAAUAUAAGUGUACCGAUAUCAUAUAGAAAAACAAAUGAAACAAUAUUGGCCGAUCAUUUUCGUUGUAUGAUUAGUUAUAUGAUGUUGUUUGAAAGUCGUAAAUUACCACAAAUUUCUGCCUGUUUAACAGAUGAAAUUUCAAUGAAAAAUUUUAUUCAUUCAGCUAAAAAAUAUCUAUUAAUGGAUAGAACAUUUGAAGAAUUAUGUGAACAUAAUGCACAAGUUUCUGAUUCAUUGAAUCGUUGUCAAAUUGCACAAACAUGGCGUAUGAUAAGACAUAUGUUUAGUAUAGCCGGACGUCAUCCAACAUCCAGUGGUGGUGGUGGUGGCGGUGGUACUGGUGGUGGAAUAACUGGUGGUGGAAAUAAUCCAAGUGGAAGUAGCUUACAAAAUAGUAUACAACCUAUCAAUGAUAGUGGUGAUUAUAAAAUGAAAAAUGAAAUUCCAAGUCGUCAUGCUAGUGGUGGUGGUGGACCUACUCGUCAUUUUAGUGGCAAUAAUAAUAAUAAUAUGAAUAAUAAUCAAUAUUUUCAAAAAGAAUCAAGAAAUUCUGAUGAUGAUGGUGAUGAUAAUCGUCAUCGUAAUGAUAAUAAUAAUGAUCAAAUGGAAUUAUUUCAAAAUCAUUUUCCAACAUUAAAACAAGAUACAAUGCCAAGUAAUAAAUUUGUUGUUGAUUUUUUUGAUUAUCAACCAAAUCAAUUAGAAACAAUGGAUUCAAUUGAACAACGUUCAUCAUUACAUUAUAAUCAUUAUUAUAAUCAUCAUCAUCAUCAUAAUCAUCGUAAUGAUGAAAUAAUUUAUGAUUAUGAAUCAAAUUGUCAAGAUUGGGAAUUACAACGUGAAUCAAUAUUUCAUCGUCAUAAUAUUGCCGAAUAUGGUAUACAAAUGAAUGAAAUGAAUAAUACAAAUAAUGUUGUUGGUGGUGGUGGUGGUGGUGAUAAUUCAUUAUUAAAUAAUUAUGAAAUUAAUUCAUCAAUCAGUUAUGAUGAAGAUGAUGAAUUAGAUUUUAAUCUAAAUGAAUCACCGGGAUUUUCAAAUGCAAAUCUACAAUCAUUAUUAUCAUCAAAAAAUCCAGCACCACCAGUAUGGCCUAUUUAUGAAUCGGUUGUACAAAUGUUAAGAUUUUAUGUAGAUAAAUCGGAUGUUCAAACAGCAUGUUCAAUUAUUCUGGUAUUAGGUGAUCGUAUGAAACAAAUUGGUUCGAUUGAUAAACAAACCAUACAGAUUUGGUUUCGUUCAUAUAUUGAUCUUUUACAUAGAUUUCAAUUAUGGAAUAUAUCAACACGUUUAAUACAACAAUGUAAUGAUCCUGAUAUACAAAGCAUUAAUCAAUCAUUAACAUCGGUUUUAGUUUAUUGUGCAUUAUGUCGAAAAGCUAUUCAUCAUGGUUCAGUUUUAUGUGAAAAAUGUCGUCAACAACCAAGUACCUGUAGUAUAUGUCAUGUAUCUGUACGUGGACUUUAUGUUUGGUGUCAAGGUUGUGCACAUGGUGGUCAUCUUAAACAUAUGCUUGAAUGGUUUCGUACAAAUCUUUUAUGUCCGGCUGGUUGUGGUCAUCAUUGUGAAAUGUGUUAAUUUGUCUGUCUGUGUUUGUGUUUUUAUCAUUGUUUUAUUCGUCUUCGUUCUUUCAUCCUAUAGGAAAAAAAUUUUUUUUCAGCCACAAAUCAAGUCAAUUCAAAUCAUUAUCAACAUUUACCUUCGAUUUUGAAACCAAACUUUAACCUGUCGUUCAGUUAAAUUUAAUUCAACAGCAAUUUCAUA